AUGGCGUUCCAUAUCACUGCAUCCAAGUCCCUGCCCGACCCUCUCAGGCUUGUGAAAAGCAGCUGCAGGGAUGCACCAGGGAAAGGGAGGAUGGAGGGCGACAGCACAGGAUCUCCCUGCUUCACACGCAUCCCCCUCGUAUCUCUCUUCUUCCUUGCGUACCUUCGCCUUCUCCACCAGUCCACGCUUCCCAUACACGCUGAUCAUCGUGGUGUCCGCUAUGCUACCGGACUCAUCCGCCUGAAGGGGCGUGCAUGCGUGGUGGGGGGGAACAAGUGGUGGGUGGGAGAAGGGGGGAAAGCUGAGUUAUGGUGGGGGGAGGAAGAGGAGGAGGAGGAGGAGGAGGAGGAGGAGGAGGAGGAGGAGGAGGAGGAGGAGGAGGAGGAGGAGGAGGAGGAGGAGGAGGAGGAGGAGGAGGAGGAGGAGGAGGCGGUGGAAAAUUUGAUUAUACAAUGUGACCCAGUGUGCUUCCCAUACACGCUGAUCAUGGUGGUGUGUGCUGCCAGGCCCGCUAUACUGCCUGCCUGA